UUCAAAACUGUUUCUUCAAAGGCUUUUGCAAAAACUCAGACUGUUUUCUAAAGCAGAAACACUGGCGUCCACAGCGGAAGCAAUGGGCAGUGUGCGAACCAACCGCUACAGCAUCGUCUCUUCGGAAGAAGAUGGUAUGAAGUUGGCCACCAUGGCAGUAGCCAACGGUUUCGGAAAUGGGAAGAGUAAAGUCCACACGCGACAACAAUGCAGGAGCCGCUUUGUGAAGAAAGACGGGCACUGCAAUGUUCAGUUCAUCAAUGUCGGUGAGAAGGGACAGAGGUACCUGGCGGACAUCUUUACCACCUGUGUUGACAUUCGUUGGCGGUGGAUGCUGGUUAUCUUCUGCCUAGCCUUUGUGCUCUCCUGGCUGUUCUUUGGCUGUGUGUUUUGGUUGAUAGCCCUGCUCCACGGGGAUCUGGAUGCUUCUAAAGAGAGCAAAGCUUGUGUGUCUGAGGUCAACAGCUUCACGGCUGCCUUCCUCUUCUCCAUUGAGACCCAGACAACCAUCGGCUAUGGUUUCCGGUGUGUGACAGAUGAGUGCCCAAUUGCUGUUUUCAUGGUGGUAUUCCAGUCAAUCGUGGGCUGCAUUAUCGACGCCUUCAUCAUUGGUGCAGUCAUGGCAAAGAUGGCAAAGCCAAAGAAGAGAAACGAGACUCUUGUUUUCAGUCACAAUGCUGUGAUUGCCAUGAGGGACGGCAAGCUGUGCUUAAUGUGGAGGGUGGGCAAUCUUCGCAAAAGCCACCUUGUGGAAGCUCAUGUGCGAGCACAGCUACUCAAAUCCAGAAUCACUUCAGAAGGGGAGUAUAUCCCCUUGGACCAGAUAGAUAUCAAUGUUGGUUUUGAUAGCGGAAUCGACCGCAUAUUUCUAGUGUCCCCUAUCACUAUUGUCCACGAAAUAGAUGAAGACAGCCCUUUAUAUGACUUGAGUAAGCAGGAUAUUGACAAUGCAGACUUUGAAAUUGUUGUCAUACUGGAAGGCAUGGUGGAGGCCACAGCCAUGACGACACAAUGCCGGAGUUCAUAUCUGGCCAACGAAAUUCUCUGGGGUCACCGCUAUGAACCCGUGCUCUUUGAAGAGAAACACUACUACAAAGUGGACUAUUCAAGAUUCCAUAAGACUUAUGAGGUACCUAACACUCCCCUUUGUAGUGCUAGAGACUUAGCAGAGAAGAAAUACAUCCUCUCCAAUGCGAAUUCAUUUUGCUACGAAAAUGAAGUUGCCCUCACAAGCAAAGAGGAAGAGGACAGUGAAAACGGAGUCCCAGAGAGCACCAGUACAGACUCACCUCCGGGCAUAGAUCUUCAUAACCAGGCAAGCGUACCUCUAGAACCCAGGCCCUUAAGACGAGAAUCGGAGAUAUGACUGGCGGAUUCUAUCUUUGGAGUAUUUACGUCGCUACACAGUCGGUUGUUGGUCAGAGGUCCGAGACAGUUAUACAGACCAUGGUACUGGUCGAGAGGUGGGUAAAGGCGAGUAGCCACAAGAGACUAAGGCUAGCACAAAGGUUUCAAGAAAAGACUGUAAGCGGGAUGACUGACAACAAGCUCUUUGCAGGCCUCCGAGCGACCCGAUGGCACAUAUCCGUUGUAGAAAAGGUUGUGGGGUUUUAAAUGUGUUGUUUUGUGUUUUUACAAAACUUGAAUAUGUAGGCAAGCCUCAGUUUGGGAGUUUAGUUUAUCUGGAAUGCUUCUCUUUAGGGGAACAAGAAUGAUUUUAAUGGCAUAACACAGGCAAGACUCUGCCUUAAUUUUUGAAAAGCUGCUAACUACAUGAACACAAACUGUAUUUUUGUUGCAUUGUAGGUUACCUUUUACAUAAUUUUAAAAAGUCAGUGUUGAACAUUGUUGAAGGCGCACAGUGUGCUUCAAAGUGUCAAGUAUUUGGCUAGUAACU